AUGGCCUCUCCCGCCUUUGAAGUCGGCCGACCCAACGAUGCCGAAGUCGUGCUAUCUCGUCUACUGGAAAAGUCUAUCCGUCGCUCAGGAGCCCUGGACACAGAGUCUCUCUGCAUCAUUGCUGGCGCAAAGUGUUUCGCCGUCCGUGCAGAUAUACACGUUCUGGACCACGAUGGUGGUUUGAUCGAUGCUUGCUGUAUCGCUUUGGUCGCCGCCCUGCAACAUUUCCGCCGUCCCGAGGUCGAAGUACACGGAGAAGAUGUCACUGUCUUUGACACUCGUGAGCGCGAACCCGUCAAGCUGGCCAUGCAACACCACCCCUUCUGUGUCUCCUUCUCCUUCUACCACGGCGGCGAGACGGUACUACUGGAUGCCAACCUCGCGGAAGAAAGCGUUCGCGACGGUGAGAUGAUUGUUAGCAUGAAUCGUCACGGCGAGGUCUGCCAAAUCGCAAAGUAUGGAGGUGUGCCUGUGGACCCGUUGACCACUCUCAACUGCUCGAAUGUUGCGCUGGAGAAGGUCAAGGUUCUGCAUCAAUUUGUGCAAUCAAAGCUCGACCAGGACGAAAAGAAGAGAGACAAGGGCGGGCUCAUGGCCGAGCUGAAUGCUGCAAAUUCGAGAGAGCUUGCCAAUAUCCCGGGCUGA